CUGAUUAAAUAAACUGACUCAAGGUGACACUAUUCAAAUAAAAUGUUGAUUUCUAUUGCAUGCUUAUUUACGAGCACAGAGACAUUUGAUUUUGUGCGAUGGAUGGUUGAUGGAAACCGAGGACUGUCACCGAGGGCCCGUACAAAAAAUAUAGGCGGUUUUUACCUGCCAUGCACAAAAUCAAGAUUUACAGAUCUUGAUAUGCGGUGAUAGUCUUCAGAUCAAAACUGGCUUAACUCAAAAAAUUUCGAAAAUCAACCUCUUCCGGGCUUAUUCUAAAAACGCACAAAUUUGGACAACACCGUACGGGCAACCAUCCAUCAUAACAAAAUUAAACAUAAAAACACGUCACACACUUAGAUUUUUAUUUGUGACGUUAUUACCUACAUCACAUGAAGAACGUCGUAAAGUGACUGUUAGUCUCUUAAAUCGAGAUAGGUCUUUUUAUUGAUAAGAUUUUUAAGAAUCAGUGUACAUAAAUAUAAUUUUUAUUUUAUUGUUUAUACACAUACUUUUUCAAAUCAAAAUGUCCGAUUCAAAGGACAUGGAUAAGCGAGAAAUUGAAGAAAUAUGUAAAAGUGUCUCGGAACUGACAGUUGUGUCGUUCAGAAAACUGGAUGACGUCAAAAGGUUGGCUAACCAUUUCCGCUAUGUCAUGAACCAUCCAGUGACACAGCAAAACAAGGUGGUGUUACGAUAUUUGAAGAACUUGGAUGACACACACAGAAAGAUUUUCUUGACGAAACGUGAAGGAGUCGAAGUGGAGUUCAUCUUUACUACCGAGAAGAAAUCUAACCUUCAAAGGCAGCGUUUCAACAGUCUUCCAGUCAGCGAAGUGCCUGAAUUACUCAAAACCGAGUUCUUUAUAUCCGAAAAUGCUAAACAAGUCCAUAUAUGUACCGAUUGUGAUAUUGAAAUUGAGCUGAACGAUGAGGAACCGUUAAUGGAGUCGUUGCAGAAACAUUUUAGUUUAGACGUGCAUUUACCUAAGUUGAAAAGAGAGAGUAUUGAUGUUGCGGAACCUGUGCUUCUCCCUAAGAUGUCGAGACGUCUCUCAGCAAUGGAGGGGGGUGAGAAUGCCGGGCAGACUAUUGAGCAAAUCAUACAGAUGGUCAAACCUAUGGAGAAACUUGAUAAAAUGUUUAUCGGGAAGCUCGAGACAUGUCUGAUAAGACAUCUGCCCGAUAAUUCUGAAGGGGCAGUCGAUGCUGCUAUCCGAUUCUACCAGCAAUCAUACGAUAAGCUAUGCAAAGAGAUCGCUACCAUAGAUUUCUCUGCGUUAACAAGUUCUGUAGCACCGAUAAUAAUGAGCAUAAAAGACAAUGUUAAUCAAAACUUUUCCGUUGACACCAACAAGAAUUUUGAAAACGAUGAGAACGAGCAAGCCCCUGAAAGACCGGUUAAGAAUCAAAUGAAAAAAUAUAGAUAUUACGGACCAAUCGAGAACCUAAUAAUUAAAUUACUGAUGAACCACAAGCUAUUAACUUUAGUUGACGAUCGGACCGGGAAACUUGCGUUUUUCUGUAUGGCCUGUGAAUAUUAUACAUUAAGAUUCCGUUAUGAUAGUGUCUUAAACCAUGUGUUCAGCGAAACACAUAUACACAACCUCUCUUGUAUUUUGCAAUCGGAUAAACACAUUCCCUUUACGAAGGAAAAUUCUCCCAUCGGAAAAAUUAAGGAUAUAAACUUUAAGUUUUUACUUAAUCACGGUGUAACUGAUAAUAAUGGUUUGAACUGUGGCUUGUGCAAAAGUUAUAUCGAAUCACACGAUACUAUUGUAAUGCAUAUACUGGAUGAAAAUCAUUUGGGGAGAUUAUCAGAUAAAUUGUACCGUAAAAUGAAGGCUAACAAUCCCGAUGGACCGGUCCCAGAUGAGUGGGGUCCCAAAAAUUUGGAUUGGGCGAAAUUUUUAGCGAGCGUCGGCAAACCUUUGAACAAACGCGAUCACGUAGUCAUAGAAAACUUCAUUCAACCCUCCAGCAAGAUUGCAAACUAUUGCUCGUGCUGCGACAUGACUUUGAAAGGCCCUAGACAAGUCCUCUUCAAUCAUAUCCGUCAGAAGAAGCAUUUGCGCAACGCGGCGCCUCACAAACUUUCUUUACUCUACAAAAACUUAUGCCGCCCCGCUGAAUACUUUGCUAGUUUCGGGAAUUUCUACGUAUGCUCCAUUUGCCCGGAAUACAUUGCUUUGCCGUCAUUUGCAGCGAUUGUCGACCAUUUCGACAGUCCCAAACACAUCGAAACGAUAUCAAAACUUAUCUGUACAGCAUUAUACCCCGAGUGUGAUGAAAAAAUCCUAGCAUCCCACAAAAUUUCUAUAACCGACGGAAUCAAAUGCGAUUUGUGUGAGGAGAACUUUCCAGAAAUUUCCGACGCUGUCAAGCAUGUCUUGAACGAUAUAAACCAUCAGAAUUUGAUUGUCGAAACCAAAACUAAAGCAAAUAAAGGCGAUGUGAUAGCAGUUUAUAUGAAAGGGAAUUAUGUUUUACACAAAGAAGGUGUGAUAUUUAACUGUGUUCCUUGCAAAAGUGUCUUUAAUUCUAUUCGAGCGUUGUUAGCCCAUUUGGUAUAUGCUGAGCAUUUCGAGCAGAAACCAUCGGCCGAGAAUGUCUUUCGGUUUUAUUUGGAGUUGAAGCACAAUGUGAAUAUGUUGGCGAGGAAUAAGUAUGAUUAUUAUGAGUUUGGGAGGCUGAAGUGUGGGGUUUGUGAUGGGGAUUUGGAGGAGGGGGAGAAUGCUAAACGCCAUGUGGUGUCGACGCGUCAUAGGGAGAACAUGGGAGCCAGUUAUGUUAAUGUUAGUUUGGAUGCUUCUGCUAUUGAAUGAGUUAUGAAUGCUAGUUGGGCCUGCGUGCUGCUAUGAACUAAGAAUUUCCAUAUAACUAUAAUAAUAGUUGGACGACAGUACUGUUUUACAAAUAUGACUAAAGUUUUAUUAAAAUGGAAUUAAUUUUUUUAAUUUUA